CAAUAUUUUCAAUAGCAAUAGAAUAGACUUUUUAAUUUUGUUUUCUAUUUUACAUCUUAUAUUGCGAAAACGUGACAGUCGUGACAUUAUCUUAGGCUCGGCAUUGGGGCAAACUAAGAUGUUAACUAUAAAUUGAAAUUUCUCUUUGAAGAUACAUUCAAUGAGUCAGUGUCUUCAAUAUUAGAGCGGAAAGUUAGGGGGUGGUUAAGUGGGGUGAUUGAUGAUAUGCGCCGCAGCAGCCCUGUGCAGCAGUGGCUGGACUCCCUCCCGGCCGACGGUGUCAACAAUGACACCGAGAAACCAGAUGAAGAGACCCUUAAGGAAGUCAAAUCUGAUGAUAGCAAAGCUGAAUCUGUCACUGAUAACACAGUUGUUGAGGCCACUGAUGAAGUACAAGAAGAACGAAACUUAGAUGUACCUAGUCCUAAAGAUUGGAAAAGAAAAUCACUGGAAAGUGGGCUGCUCACAAGUACACCUCCGGGCAACGUUAGGAAAAGGUUACAGAGAGAUCAUUCUGUUCAGUCUGAGGGUUAUUCUCCAAAACUGAAAAAUCCACUUCUAAGAGAUUAUUCCCUUCAGUCAGAUGCGAGUGGAUCGAGUGGCAGUUCGGUUCUGAAUGUGCUUGGAGCCAGAAAAGUGGAUGCCGAGUCAGUAUUACUGGCUUUGGGUUUUGGACCUAGUGAGAAACAACAGAAACUACAAAGGAUACCUGAUAGAUUUUUAGUUCCAUCUAAACUGAAAGGCAUAAGUACGGAUAAGUUUAUCAAAGAUGAGCAACAUUCCAUGCGCAUGCAUGACUGUGGAGUGUUUGGGUACCGAGGAUUGACUGGGAAUCCCCAUGUACCACCAUCGACAAUUGUAGCUAAGAUAAUGGAUUGCAUCUUGCAGGACGACGUGUGUCGCGAGGAAGCUAUGCUGAAGGCGCGGCAUUCCAUCGCGGACAUGCGCAGUCCGCUCGCCGCGCAUGUCGUGUCCGCGCGGCACUCACGCGCACACCACUAGACAUUGGUUGCUUUAACCCAAUAGAGGGCAACUUUGGCCCAUUUGAAAACCACAUAUAGGAGGGUCUAAUAAAAAAACAUAAAAACGUGAACGGUCAGCUAAAAUCUACCAGAUGACAAUGUGCCAUACUUUCAAUGCAAUACUAAAACCUAUACCGAGUUAAUCCCAAUGGCCAAAGUUACCCUCUAGGGACAUAGUUACCCGACUUAGCGUUUCAAUGAUUGGGUCCAGUGACUGAGAAUACCAGGUUGUUGAGCCAUUUUCUACGGCGUUUAUAGGAACUGGGCAGAUUGUGCGUUCGAGACGUCUCGGCUACAUAAUCUUAAAAAUCGCUGGCGUACAAAUUAAAUAGAUAUUUAUUCGUUGAACGUAAUGCAUAGCUAGGGGCUACCUCUGCUAUGUGAUUUUAACCUCGUUGACCUCUAUUCUUAAAAAUAAACAAUUACUGAUAUCAACACUUCUAUCGAUCCUAAAGUUAGCAAUCACAAGAUUUUCAGUUUUUGUGUAGGUUAAGCGCCAAUAACAAUGUAAUUUUUAUUUAUUUAUAUAUUUCUGUCCUUUUUUUCUUGUAUUGUACGAAUCGCGCAAUAUGGUUGUCUCAAUUAUUUCAAAAGUAAAGAUAGCCCGUUCAUAUAAGUGGAAUGCUACAACGCGAUUUUAUUUUAUUUAUUAAGUACAGCCAGCCGCAUCGUAUGUAUUACAUAUGUUGCAUUAAAAUUGUGUCAAAGUACUUUACCUGAUACAGUACGACAAUUAUGGAGUACAUAGCGUUGACUAAGUAUAAUAGGACUGGGAAUGAGAUCUUAAACUAUACAUAAAAAGAAACAUUACAUUUUUAGAACAAUUAACUAAUAUAUACAUUAUUUACAAUUUUACGGCAAUCCUUACAAAUAAAUAAAUGAAUAAAUAAAUACAAAUACUACUACUAUUUUCGUUUUGGCAAUAUCUUAGAUUUAAAUGUGGGUAAAUGGUCAUGAAAGAUGUCAAUUGCGAGAUGGCGAUUGGUUGAUGAGUUCGCAUCACGCGCGUGAUUGGUCGCAACUAGUUGCGUUAGACUGCACGAUUGGCUCUAGAAUUCGUGCGUGACACGUGAUGUCUGAAAACGAACCACGCUCGAACGAUCACUUAAGUAUUGUCAACAGUUCCUACAAACUCCACAUGGAACUCGCUCACAGCACAACUCUUUUAAUUACUUCUAGCUUUAAAUUCUUCGCAAUAUUUUUUCAGGUCAUAGGUAAGUAUUUCUUUUCUUUUGUUUGACGACCGUAGGUACUGUCUUUCGCAUUUCGUUAGGUAGUUGAUACUUGUUGAACUGUUGAUGUGUUGGAUAGUGUAACAUGUUUUUAACAGCUGUUGAUUUUGUGAAAUGUUUAAUUUAAUUACAGUGACUUAUGUACUUUACUUAUACUUAUUAAAUUUCACCGUUUCAGGGGAAUUCGACUACAACCUUAUAAUAUGUAUUUAAAAAUUAACUUAACAGACUGAUUCUUCAGUGUACUUAGAAUAUUAAAAAGUGAACUUGAAAAGAAACUCGAGCUACUUUAACUGUUUACUUAAAAUAUAUUUCGCAUAAUACUUGCCUCGGUAAUGAUAAUGUAAAUAAAUAUGGAAACAAUCUUUUUGCUAUUUUAUUGUUGUUAGGAAGAUCUUAAUAUUACAGUGUCUCUUAUUGUUUCAUGCUACUUAAUUUUAAAAAUAGUUGGUAAUUUUUAAUAGAACUGGUUUUUCACGUUCUGAUUGUUUAGUUAUUAGAAAUACUUAAUAUUAAUUUAUUAUAUCAGUAAGCAAUGAAAUCAUUAUGACAAAGUAACAAUGUGUUAUGUUAAUUAAUCAAAAUGUUAAUAGACGUUUAUUAUGAGAUUUUAAACUUGUGUUAAAAUAGAGUAAAAAUGUUAUGUCAUCACACAAAACCCAAUUUAUUUUUUGUUUUAAAUGAUUUCACCGUAAUGAUGUUCCUUAAAUAUUUAACACAGAGUAGGUAAGUAAGCGAUUUCUGAGUGUUGUUGUGUUCGAUUUUUAUGUUAGUCAGAAGUUCGCUUUAGGUUUUAGGUAGAGAAUCCCGUAAAAUUCAGUGACGAAUUUACGUUACCUCGUCACAUCCGGUCCGGUUUGCAGACGCUGGUUGUCCUACCAAUCCGGAUCCGGACCACUUGCGGUUCUUGUAUGUGGAUUUUAGAACUAUCUUAUCACAGUCUAUAUUUAUUAAUUUGUCUAUAAAUUUUUAUAUUGUUAAAUGAUAAAUAAAUGAUUUCACAUGUUAUGAAGUAUACGUAUAUUUUCGUCAUGUAUAUCUUUUGGCUGUGUAUAAAUAAACUUGUAUUCUGAUUUUGAUUAGUAGAAUAUUACGUUUAUGUGCAAUAUGAUUGUGAUUAAAACAUUGUUGGCUCAAGAGUAUAAUUAUGCGAACUGCCUGAAAUUUUACCGUGAAAAUGAACUGUUUAUCGUCAUUAAUAUUCAUUUUAUAAAUUGAAGUGUCUUAAUAAAAUGUUUACCGGCUAAGCCGACAAAAUAGUGUAAUAAUAUCGUAGAGCUCAGUAUAUUUGUAGUUAAGUACUUGAUAUCAAAACAAUUAGGUGAUUAUAAGUCGGAUUAGUUCCUCCACAAAGUUUAACUGCGAGGAUCAUUCUUACUAGAAAUGUUAGUAGGUAGUGUAAAUAUCAAAUCAAUCUAUUGUGUCUAGGUAAUAUUUAUUAGUUCUAUUGAAUUUUAAUAUGUGAAUUUAUUUACCCAAUUUCGAAACUUCUUAAAUGUACCUAUUUAUUGAUCUACUAUUUUCUGAUACUAAUAUAUUCUGCCCCUUAGUAUUAAGGAGUGAUGGCGUGUAUUUGUAUGAAGGAAGGUCUCUUUUCAUCUUAUUUGUGCCUUACUUUAACUGGUACAGUCAACAAAAAAAUCUAUACAAUAUGACCAAAAUGCUAACAAAAAAGCUGUCACCGGUAACGUAAACAUAUUUGAUUGUUUUGAUAACUUAAGAGGCCAGUGUCGAUUUUAGUCGCAAAAAUGUAAAAUUGAUAUUUAGUCGGUGAAAUUGUACACCUUUUGUUACCUUAUUGAAAUAACAAGUACUGGUUUCUAUUAGCACGUCUUCUUGUCUUACCUUUUAUCAGAUCAAUUUUUUGAAAACAGACUCACUAAAUUAGUAAUAUUUGCUUUUCUGAUGGACGUCUAGGUAAACGCGCGUAAAGCACUGAUUUUGUCGCUCUUAUUUGUAAAUAUCGUAAAGAUUGGACGGCUAAACAUGGUAAUUUUGUAUUACACAUAUCCUGUACUUGCAGUUUAUCAGACUACAUUUUUAUUAUUAUGAUUUUGAAGUAGUGUAAAUGAAAGUUAGACGAAAUCAAUUUUCUCCAGAAAUUACUUCAAAACAAGUGACAAUUUCUCUGAAAAUCGACUUAAUUUCAACGUAAUUUUCAUACUUAAACAUUCUACAACAUUUGCCGAAACUGUUCUUAUACAUCAAUUUGUAUAAUUUACCACCAUAAAUUUUUGAUGAAUUUUUAAAAACAGGGGCAUAUAUUACCGGUGACGCACGCUCGCGACCUCAUUAUUAAAAGGCAAGAUAAGACGUGCUAAUAGAAACCAAUACUUGUUAUUUAGAUAUUACGUAACAAAACGUGUAUAAUUUCAACGACUAAAUCUAUCAAUUUUAAAUUUUUGCUCCAAAAUCGACUACGGCCUCUUAAAUAUAAGUGUUUAAUGUUUAAGGUCAGUGUACAUUUGAUGGUGCAGUUAGACCAAGCUAAGUUGGCAGCGAUUUUGAUAGCCCAACUGUGCAAGUGUUAUUUAAACGUCGUAAUUUCAUAGAUGUUUGAUUGAAAAUAACACUUUUACAGUCUGGGCUAUCAAAAUCGCCGCGAACUUAAUCUAACUCUAGAACUGCAGCAUUCCACGAAAUAGUCUAACGUUGUCCCAUACAAACGCGAAUUUUCUGAAGAUUUGCAGGGCUAGGAGUUUCUUUUUCUGUGAUAAAUUGGCAAAACUACGGCCAGAAAAAUAAUCAUCAGCUUAAAACGCCGAAAAAAAAGUUCUAAUACACAAAAUAAAAUGCCAAUGUACGGGAGUUACGGGACAGCCCUUGGAAUGCUCCAACUCUACUCAUAUAUAUCUACGCAUCCGGUGUACACCGUUCUUUGUCACUUGUAUGCAGUUGCAAUAUAUCGGUAAAGUAGCGUUAUUAUCAUUGUACCUAUACCUUUGACUUAGUUAUAUCAGUGACCUGAGUGAUGUGUUUAUUGUUGCUCAUUUAUUUAGUUUAUAUACUUAUGACAAUAGGUAAAAGGAGUAUCACUGUGGGAUCAAAAAUCGUGGCAAAUAAAAAUGGCUCAUGUCUUGAA